AUGACAUAUCAAAUGAUGUACUGGUGGAUGACUUUUGCAAUGCUUCAAUUUUGCUUCACGAUACUAUUAGCAGAUAAUCAAAUUUCGAUAUCUCCUGUAUCUGUUCCGGACGGAACUUCUUCGCACGAUGAUAACACGUCUACAGUUGAGAGCAGCUCUCCUGCAUCUGUUCCGGACGGAAAUUCUUCGCACGAUGACAAUAAGCCUACAAUAGAGGUAGAGAGCAGCUUUCCUGCAUCUGUUCCGGACGGAAGUUCUUCACACGAUGACAACAAGCUUACAAUAGAGAGCAGCUCUCCUGCAUCUGUUCCGGACGGAAGUUCUUCGCACGACAACGAUAAACAUGCAACAGAGAGCAGCUUUCCUGCAUCUGUUCCGGACGGAAGUUCUCCACACGAUGACAACAAGCCUACAAUAGAGAGCAGCUUUCCUGCAUCUGUUCCGGACGGAAGUUCUCCACACGAUGACAACAAGCCCGCAAUAGAGGUUGAUCAAUUUAACGAAAUUUCAUAG